AUGAGUGAACUAGUGAGAGCGCUGGUCGUCAAGCCGGACAUCUCAAAGCCGAGAUGGGAUCAGUCAACAUUCGAGGGUCGAGCCAAACAUUUCGUCACAAUCACCAAUCCGAUGAACCUUUUUGCUACCGAUUCACAAUUGGAAACCUCGAAGACAGUCAUUGAAAAUUUCAGAAAAGGAGUUGUGAGUGAUACACUGACAGUUAACGAUUUAUGGAAUGCCAAGCACCUCUUCGACUCAGCCUACCAUCCAACCUCGGGCGAUAAAAUGUUCAUCAUCGGAAGAAUGAGCGCACAGGUUCCAAUGAACAUGGCGAUUACCGGUGGAAUGCUCACAUUCUACAAAAGUCCAGCUGCUGUCAUCUUCUGGCAAUGGUUGAAUCAGUCGUUCAACGCCGUCGUCAACUACACAAAUCGAUCUGGAGAAUCUGGAUCUACUACACAACUGCUCACCUCCUAUUGUGCGGCUACGGGCGGUGCGCUGACGGCGGCUCUCGGGUUAAAUGCUCUUGUCAGGACAAUGCCUCCAUUGAUCGGCCGACUAGUUCCAUUUGUGGCCGUUUGCGUCGCCAACUCGAUCAAUAUUCCAUUGAUGAGGAGAAGUGAACUCACUGACGGAAUUGCCAUCGUCGAUGCUGAGGGUAAUGAAGUUGGAAAGAGUAAGAAGGUCGCUAAAUCGGCGAUUACACAAGUAGUAAUCAGCCGAGUCGGCAUGGCUGCCCCAACGUUUGGUUUGAUCCCGGUGAUCAUGAAUGUUCUUGAGAAAAAACCAUGGAUGAAGGCCAAACCGGGACUUGCUGCUCCAAUCCAAGUGUUCCUCGCCGGAGCGAUUCUUCUCGUUUCCACUCCAGUCGGCUGUGCCCUCUUCCCGCAAAUGACACCAAUCAAGGUGGAAGACCUUGAGCCCGAGCUCCGCGACAAAAUCCGAUCAAUGCCCAAACCACCAGAGAUCGUCUAUUGCAACAAAGGAUUG